CGCAACUAGUGUUUUUGCUCGUGAUUAAAUCAAAAUUGAUAAGGGCAAUAUAAUAUACUCGUAUGCAAAACAGAUCACAGAAUCCAUUGCAAGUGAUUCGUAACUAUUAAAAAUGGCUUCAUAUGAUGAUAAGUAUGAUAAGGAACAUCCACGAAAUUUGAUUCCUGAAUUAUGUAGACAAUUUUAUGAUCUUGGAUGGGUUACUGGCACUGGUGGCGGUAUAUCCAUUAAACAUGAAAAUAAAAUUUACAUUGCACCAUCUGGUGUUCAAAAGGAACGCAUUCAUCCAAACGAAAUGUUUGUACAGGAUAUUGAUGGGAAAGACUUAGAAUUACCACCAGCAGAAAAAAAGUUGAAAAAGUCACAAUGUACUCCAUUAUUUAUGUGCACAUAUUUGAGGAGAAACGCUGGAGCUGUGAUACAUACUCAUUCGAAGGUUGCUGUAAUGGUGACAUUACAUUGGCCUGGGAAAGAAUUUCGUAUUACUCACCUUGAAAUGAUAAAAGGUAUAAGAAAUCAAAAACUAAAACGGGCAUACCGUUACGACGAGGAAUUAGUAGUGCCAAUAAUUGAGAAUACUCCGUUCGAGGAAGAUUUACGAGAUGAAUUGGAUGCAACUAUUGUAGCUUAUCCGGAAACGAGUGCUGUAUUAGUGCGAAGGCACGGUAUUUAUGUGUGGGGUGAUUCAUGGCAACAAGCGAAAACAAUGACGGAAUGUUAUGAUUACUUAUUCGAUAUCGCUUUACAAAUGAAGCAGAAUGGAUUAGAUCCUCUUACAACUCCCGAAGAUCAUGAAUUAAAAUAUCAAAGAACUGGAACCGCGAAUUAACAUUAUUCUUAUUCCGUAGUAAAUUAUAGUAUUUAUAAUAAUACAUUCUGUAAUAAAUUACUUUUUUUUGUGUAUUUCAUAAAAUCGUCCGUACGUAAAUGUAUAUACAUAUAUUACAGUAUAAAAUCAUUGAUGUUGCUUCUA